AUGAAGCUAUUAUUGUCAGCUUCGGCCAGCACACUUGUGUUGCUGGUCGCAGCGCUUACCGUCACAACCUUUACGCCCAGCCUCGCCCAGCAGUCCCAGUUCAUCUGCCCUAAUGAAAGUGGUUAUUAUCCCCAUGAAGACUGCUGGAAGUUCUGGCAGUGCGGCAAUUGGAUCGCCUACGAGCAGCCUUGUGCCCCCGGAACACAGUGGAACCAGUCGCUGCUCACCUGCGACCACAUCACCGACUGUGUUCGACCGGACGGUCAGACAACACCGGCCGCUGGUGGUGGUGGGCAGAGUCCAUCAACCACGGAAGAGGGCAUCGGCGGCGCCUCCACCACCACCGAAGGGUUCGUCACUGAAAUUUGUGAUCCCAAUACCACCGAAGGAAACGCAGGCGCCCAGCCAACUCAGGGCCCCUCUGACAACUUCAAGUGCCCCAAUGAAACCGGCUACUACCCUCACAAGGACUGCUGGAAGUUUUGGCAGUGCGGCAAUGGCAUCGCCUACGAGCAGACCUGCGCCCCGGGAACGCAGUGGAACCAGACCAUCCUCACCUGCGACCACAUCACCGACUGUGUGCGGCCUGAUGGACCCUCGCCGGCACCGACCGAGCUUCCAGCCACGAAUCCAAUCACUGAGGAUAAGGAGACUGAUGCUCCCACCCAAGGGCCCACGGAAGGACCAACUGACGGCCCCACUCAGGGACCAACUCAGCCGCCUUCUGACAACUUCAAGUGCCCCAACGCCAGCGGCUACUACCCUCACAAGGACUGCUGGAAGUUUUGGCAGUGCGGCAAUGGCAUCGCCUACGAGCAGACCUGCGCCCCGGGAACGCAGUGGAAUCAGACCAUCCUCACCUGUGACCACAUCACCGACUGCGUGCGACCUGAUGGCCCAUCGCCGCCUCCACCUCAGCCAACAACAUCGGCUUCACCGGCGACAACUGCUCCGCCACCAGCUCCCCAGCCAACAACACCCGAGGAGGAGCCCGAGACUGAGCCACCGACGCAAGGGCCGACCCAGGGUCCCACACAGGGCCCAACUGAUGGGCCAACUGACGGCCCCACCCAGGGACCAACCCAGGGCCCCACUGAGCCACCGACGCAGGGUCCAACUGAUGCUCCCACCACUGAUGCGGUGCCAACUGCCGGCCCGACCCAAGGCCCAACCGAAGGUCCGUCCACCGAAGACCCCUCUGAUGACUUCAAGUGCCCCAGCGAGAGCGGCUACUUCCCCCAUGAAGACUGCUGGAAGUUCUGGCAGUGCGGCAAUUGGAUCGCUUACGAGCAGACCUGCGCUCCGGGCACUCAGUGGAAUCAGAGCAUUCUCACCUGUGACCACAUCACCGACUGUGUGCGGCCUGAUGAGCCAUCAUCACCACCACCACCACCUCCGGCGUCGUCUUCGACGACCAGUGCCGCUCCAGUCACCUCGACCAGCACCACCACUCCCGCUCCAGCGACGACUGAAGCCGAGGAAGUGGACGACGAGCCGAGCACUCAGCCGCCCACGGAGGCACCGCCUACCCAAGGCCCAACGCAGGGCCCAACGCAAGGGCCGACUGACGCCCCAACCGAUGCCCCAACGGAUGCUCCCACCGAGGCGCCCACACAAGGCCCAACUCAGGGCCCCUCGGACGGCUUCAAGUGCCCCACCGAGAGUGGCUACUUCCCGCACAAGGACUGCUGGAAGUUCUGGCAGUGCGGUAACUGGCUCGCCUACGAGCAGACCUGUGCCCCGGGAACGCAGUGGAAUCAGACGCUGCUCACCUGCGACCACAUCACCGACUGUGUGAGGCCGCCUCAGCAGUCCACCACAACAUCGGCAGCACCGGCCUCUUCGUCGACGACAACUCCUGCGCCAGCUCCCCAACCAACAACUCCUGAGGAGGAGCCCGAGACUGAGCAGCCACCGACGCAAGGGCCGACACAGGGACCCACACAGGGUCCUACCGAUGGCCCUACCCAGGGCCCAACGGAAGGACCGACUGAUGGACCAACUGACGGCCCCACACAAGGGCCAACUCAGGGACCAACCCAAGGCCCCUCAGACGGCUUCAAGUGCCCCAAUGAAACUGGCUACUACCCGCACAAGGACUGCUGGAAGUUCUGGCAGUGCGGCAAUUGGAUCGCCUACGAGCAGACCUGCGCUCCGGGAACACAGUGGGCCCAGGACAUCCUCACCUGCGACCACAUCACCGACUGUGUGCGACCUGAUGGCCCAUCGCCACAGCCGCCUCAGCCCACAACAUCACCGGCACCACCGGCGACAACUGCUGCACCAGUGUCCACCACAGCGGCACCACCAGCUCCACAGCCAACAACUCCUGAAGAGGAGCCCGAGACUGAGCAGCCACCGACGCAAGGGCCGACCCAGGGACCUACACAGGGACCGACUGAUGGACCUACACAAGGACCAACUGAUGGGCCAACAGACGGUCCUACUGAUGGUCCCACCCAGGGCCCCUCGGACGGCUUCAAGUGCCCCAACGCCACCGGCUACUACCCGCACAAAGACUGCUGGAAGUUCUGGCAGUGCGGCAAUGGGCUCGCCUACGAGAUGACCUGCGCCAAUGGCACGCAGUGGAACCAGACGCUGCUCACCUGUGACCACAUCACCGAUUGCGUACGACCUGAUGGGCCGUCGCCGCCGGCAACGACCACUGCGCUUCCAGCUUCGUCAACAACAACAGCUCGGCCGCCAACACAGCCACCAACACAGCCACCUACGCAGCCGCCAACCGAUGCUCCCACUGAUGCACCGACUGAUGCUCCCACCGAGGCUCCUACCAAUGCCCCAACAAACCCGCCAACUAAUCCCCCAACAAAUCCUCCCACAAACCCUCCUACAAACCCACCUACAAAUCCUCCCACUAACCCUUCGACAAAUCCCCCAACAAAUCCACCCACAAGACCUCCUACAAUCACAACAACGACCACCACGACGACCACCACGACCACCACGACCACCGCCGCCCCUCUGCCCGACUUCCGCUGCCCCACCGAGAGCGGCUACUACCCGCACAAGGACUGCUGGAAGUUCUGGCAGUGCGGCAACAAGAUCGCCUACGAGAAGACCUGCCCGCA